AUGGCUUCCCGCCCAUCACUUCCAGAAGAGGAUCUCUCCUGUCCUCUGUGUCAUGACAUCUUUAAAGAUCCUGUAGUGCUGUCAUGUAGCCACAGCUUCUGUAAAGACUGUCUACAGAAAUGGUGGCGAGACAAACCAUUACGGGAGUGUCCACUUUGUAAGAGAAGAUCUUCUAAGAGUGAACCACCUUGUAGUUUGGCGUUAAAGAACCUGUGUGAGACCUUCUUAAAGGACAGCAGUCACAGAGCUGCAGCAGAGUCCGAGACUCUCUGCAGUCUGCAUGCUGAGAAACUCAAACUCUUCUGUCUGGACCAUCAGCAGCCAAUGUGUGUCGUCUGUCUACACUCAAAAAUACACACCGACCACAGAAUCGGACCCAUCGGUGAAGCUGCAGUGGAUCACAGGGAGGAACUCCAGAAAUCACUGAAGCCCUUACAGGAGAAGUUAAAGGAUUUAGAUGAAGCUAAAAGAAACUUUGACCAAAAAACAAAACACAUUAAGGUCCAGGCCCAGAACACAGAGAGGCAGAUCAAAGAGGAGUUUAAGAAACUUCACCAGUUUCUACAAGAGGAAGAAGAAGCAAGGAUUACUGCAGUGAGGGAGGAAGAGGAGCAGAAGUGUCAGAUGAUGAAGGAGAAGAUUGAGGCGCUUAACAAAGAGAUAGCAGGCCUCUCAGACACAGUUGAAGCCAUAGAGAAGGAACUGGGAUCUGAAGACAUCUCAUUCCUGCAGAACUACAAGACUACAGUGAAAAGAGCCCAGAGCACACUGCCAGAUGUUCCACAGCUGGUCUCAGGAGCACUGAUAGACGUGGCCAAACACCUGGGCAACCUGAGCUUCACAGUCUGGAACAAGAUGAAGGAGAUAGUCUCCUACACUCCUGUGAUUCUGGACCCAAACACUGCUGAUCCAAUUCUAAUCCUGUCUGAGGAUCUGACCAGUGUGAGACGUGGAGAGAGACAGCAGCUUCCAGAAAACCCAGAGAGGUUUAACAGGUACUCUGUCCUGGGCUCUGAGGGUUUUAAUUCAGGAACUCACUGCUGGGAUGUUGAGGUUGGAGAAAGUUCAGGCUGGGCACUGGGUGUGAUGGAAGAGUAUGUCCAGAGGAAGACAGACGAAAGACGUAGAGCCUGGAGGAUAUGGUUCUUUUUAGGUAAAUACUCAGCAGUAUCUCCAUCAAGAAAAGACACUGUUCUCACAGUGAGACUGAAGCCUCAGUGGAUCAGAGUGAAGCUGGACUGGAACAGAGGAACUCUGUCAUUCUCUGAUCCUGAUACCAACACACGCAUACACACCUUCACACACACUUUUACUGAAAGGCUGUUUCCAGUUAUAGAUCCUUGGGAUGCAGACUUUAUUAAGGUGUUACCAGGGAAGGUCUUCGUAAAACUGGAACAAUAG